GUUCCUCUGUCAAAUUUCCUUUUUUUUGGCUCCUAAAUCCUCACGGUUUUUUGUUUGCGUGGUCAGAUAGGCUGUUGUUUAUUUUGAUAAUGUACGAGUUGUUAGAAUGGUGAAUUAAAACCAAAAUUAAAACAUUUAAACCUAACCGCUAAACGUUCACCUCCGGUGUGUAAGCUACUGUUCAAACAUCAGUGUUUCCUGCGUCGAUCUUUACCGCCUAAAACUUCGUUCAAAUACCUCUUCAUAUUUAAAGAAUGGAAAUGGAUAUGAUAAUUCCCCUAAAUCUUAAUUUAAGGAGGAAGCGAGAAAAUUUUGAAGAAAAUGAAGGCUCUUCCCCUUCAAAACCCAUUUUGAAACCAGAACAACCACAGAAGACAUUGCCUGCAUUCAUUGAACGGGACAAAAUAAGUAAAAACUUAAAUCCUGACAAUUACAUGCAGAAACCGUCAAAUCAUCAUGGAAAUCUUAAGUAUACCUAUAUUGUUGAACGAGAUGAUGGAGAAGAAAUCAGUUUUCCUUCUCACAUAAUACGGUAUACCAAAACAGAACCACAAAUUUCGUACUGUGAGAACCCUCACUUUGUUAAAGGAGUAUACCAGUCUAGAAAAGAAAUUUUUGAUGCUGCUGAUGAAGACUCUAAGAGGACUAUGCAUGUUAUUAUGAACAGCAACUCAGCAUCCUGUCAAAACCGAGAAUUUUUGGGAAGAUACAGGAAGUGGUAUGCAAGCAAGGAACUUUUUGUGGGCAAGGUUACAGAAGAUUCUGAAAAUCCACCUGUUUCUUUUGCUACUCAAUGGGAAACUGAUUCGGAAGAGGAGUCAGACUUUCGAGACCACGGAGAUUACAACAUGGAUUUCCUCCCAAAACCACCAGCUCACCUAUUAAACACGAAGCUUAUUUCAAAAGUAAAAAUCAACAAAGUUGAAUUGCCUUUCUUUGAAGAUGAUGACUUCCUAACAAGUCUCGUUUCCUCACAAACGAAUGUGAAAAAAGAGGUUGCUUUGGAUCCGCUAAAGCUCGAAACUAAAGACUUUCAAAAAGAAUAUUCUGAUUUCAUGCCAAGCCUGGAAAACUCCUGUGAAAAGCGGACUGUUUUUGGUUAUGAAACGAAGGAUAUGUCAGACGAAUCUUCUGCUUUCUUCAGCCGGAAUCAUGACAAAAAAGAAACAAUUCAUGAGGGAAAAGAAAUUCAAGUUAAACAAUCCAGUUCCCCUAACCCAAGCCUGGAAGAUCAUAAGGACACGCUACAAGUCGGACAUGCGGUAAAGCUCGAGCCCAGUCAAUCACCAAUGCAAUUCGAUCGACACCUUGAAAAUAAAAGCUCGUGGAUAGAGAAUAACGACAAUGGAGACAGAAAACGCUGCGCACCUAGUCCCGACUGGGAUGAAGAGUGGCGAUCAUCACGUUAUCAGUCCUCCCGAGACGAGGGAAGAGGUACUUCACCCUCUCAAAGAAGAGAUCCACGUACCUCAAAUAUCCACGCUAACAUGGAAGAUUGGGGAAAAAACAAAGAAUGCAGUGAUAUGGCCGCAAUGGAAACAACAGACCUAAUGACAUUAGACGCGAAAAGAAUUUCUUUGGACGAACGAUUGGAACUCGAAUUGGGGAUCAAAGUUGAUUCUGAGGUGCCAAUAACAACAAUUAUGCCAUCCCCUGAAUCAGCUGUCGAACAUUUCUCAUGGACCUUCGAUUCGUAUGGCAUGUCAACCAGUCCAGUUAAACGGGCAAGAGGCUUUGGACCAAAGGCUGCUCCUCUCGGACCCUGGAUUUUGCAUUGUCGUAACAGAGCGCUUCCCGCUGCACCCUACAUUCCCCCACACCUCCAGAGCGUACUCUAUCAGCCAUUGGUACGAAUCAUUCCUCCGAAGAAAGAAAAUACAACACCAGAAGAAGUUCGGACGGAGAAUAAUGAAGAAAAAAAUCCUGGUACCCAAACAGAGGACCUUGCAAAGCCUGAUGGGGAAGUGAAAAAGGACUGGGAUAAGGAGCUCAAAAAUCUAGAAGCUGUGGCUAGUAAUCUAGAAGUUGCAGAUGAAACUGUGCUCGAGGCAUUGGAGGAAAAACUGUUGCUGUUUGAAACAUCCAACAUUCUUCAGUCUGGUGGUGAUUCGCCUUCCCUUGAAGCCAAGGAGGAAAAGAAUAAAGUGGUGAAAAGAGGAAAGCGUCCAAAACCACCACCGGUGGAGCUCAAGGAACCUGGAAAGGGAAUAUUGGUAAUGCCUCGCAUUAGCCUGUUGGAUGAAGAAAGCGGCAACCAGAAAAAAACUGUCAUAUUUGCAGACAGCGUUCGCCCUGGUUAUGGAACUUCGUCCGAAGAUGAGGACGAACAUAUACGGUCUCCACCACCACCUGUCGUUCAGGUGACACCUCUUGCUGAGACAUUACCCAAGAAGAAGAUGAAAAAGGCCAAAAAGGAGAAGAUUGUUGAAAACGAUUUUGAUCCAGUUUUUGAUCUCCUACCACCCCCUCCCCCUCCACCUGGGUCACCUCCACCAAAGGUCACAACUCCUGUAUUGUCGCAAAGUCCACUUCCUCAAAUUUUGUCAGAUGCAACUAUUGUCGCAGAUGCACCCGUGGCGAGCUCACCUCAACUGAUUGAAUCGGGCGCAUGUUGACGGCACUGUGUAAAUAAUCGAUGUCAUUUUCGGCUAAAUCCCUGAUUUUUUUUUAAGAGCAAUAAAUUUGUUUAAUUACAACAAAGAAAA